GUUGUGAACUAGUUCGCGUUCUUGUGAAAUCACUCAGCGCGCCAAUAUUCGGGUCUCGGAAGUUUUGUUACAUAUGCACAUAUAGGAACGUAUCAAACGCAUUGAAAUGACAUCAACCAGCAAAGUACCUUUAGAAUCAAGGAAUCUACCCUGGGUGGAAAAGUACAGACCUCAGACUCUUGAUGACUUGAUCUCCCACAAAGAUAUUCUAAGCACACUCCAGAAGUUCAUAAGUGAGGAAAGGCUGCCCCACUUGCUCUUCUAUGGACCUCCUGGAACAGGGAAAACAUCAACCAUUCUGGCCUGUGCUAAACAACUUUACAAAGAAAAAGAGUUCAAUUCCAUGGUUCUUGAGCUUAAUGCAUCAGACGACAGAGGCAUUGAUGUUGUGAGGGGGCCAAUCUUGAGUUUCGCCAGCACCAGAACCAUUUUCAAGAAGGGAUUCAAAUUGGUGAUAUUAGAUGAAGCUGAUGCUAUGACCCAGGAUGCCCAGAAUGCUUUGAGGAGAGUCAUUGAGAAGUUCACAGAAAAUACCAGAUUCUGCAUGAUCUGUAACUACCUGUCGAAGAUUAUCCCUGCCCUGCAGUCCCGAUGCACCCGUUUCCGCUUUGGCCCACUGUCCCAGGACCAGAUGAUUCCUAGGCUGGAGUAUGUCAUCCGGCAAGAGCAGGUGGAUGUAUCACCAGAUGGCAUGAAGGCUCUUGUGACCCUGUCGGGAGGAGACAUGAGACGAUCUCUGAAUAUUUUACAGAGCACCAGCAUGGCCUAUGGGAAGGUAACGGAGGACUCUGUGUACACCUGCACUGGACACCCUCUCAGGUCAGACAUUGCCAACAUCCUCGACUGGUCACUGAACAAGGAUUUCACCACGGCGUACAACUUAAUUUUUCAACUGAAAACACUGAAAGGUCUGGCAUUGCACGACAUCUUGACUGAAGUCCAUCUUCUAGUACACAGAGUUGACUUUCCUCCUACUAUUCGAAUGGGCUUGCUCAUCAAGUUGGCAGACAUUGAGUAUCGACUGGCUUCGGGAACCAGUGAGAAGAUUCAGCUGAGCUCAAUGGUUGGAGCUUUUCAAGCAGUGAGAGACAUGGUAGUCAGUGAGGCAUCAUAAAACAGACACACCGGCUUGACUAAUCAUCUGAUCCUCCUGAUCUCCUUUGAGGGUUCUUGGCUGUGAACCUGUGAGCUUUAAAGUGUUUUGUUUUUAAACAUCACUCUUCCAAAUACGCACUUGAACACACAAAGCAGAACACAACUAGUUACACCUUGAACAAAAUAUUCACAGAAUUGGACAUAUGUAUAAAUACAUUUACAAGUUGGAAAUAAAUAGACACUUUUGUAAGUUG